UCCUGUGAUGGAUCUUGGUGCAAGACAAGACUGUAUGGAGAGCAAAGGGUCCAUGGGGACAACAAUAAGCACAGGAGCCACAGAGCAUCUUGGGGCCACUCAGGAUGGGAUUAUAGGACAACGUACAUCUGCGACUUGUCAACCGAAAUCUAUCAUGGUUGUCCAUUCCACGCCUUCAGGAGAGAAAGUUCAGUGUGAGAGCUACUCAAUAAAUACAGAGACAGACAGAGCUCAGUCAUCAAACACCAUGCAAGGGACUUUUCCAGAGCAAGGAACAGCCAAGAACUGCCACAAAAGCACAAAAGACACUCCUUAUCCAAGCAACAUUUGUCUGCUUCCACCAUUAACUCCUGGACUCAUAGAUAAAGAACAAAACCUUUGGCGUCGCUGCUCAUUGAUAGAGCCCAACAAUGUUUCAUGUUACCGUCGCCAUGCCCUCAGUGUCCCAAAUAUGGGCUCUUCUAGCCCCCUUUGUUUCAUUAACAGCAGUCCUCUCCACAGCAGCCCUCUUUCACCAGCUCACAGCAACAUAUCCAGCCCUGCUAGAGAAAUGGAGAGGCUCGCCAAGGCACGGAGUAAACUCUUGGAGAGUGAAAGUAACCAAACACCCACACUUCCCCUAGAAACCAGAGAGCAACUUCGCUAUGUAUCUAAGGAUGGAAAGUGUCGUGUCAACCUGUGUCACAUUUCUGAGAGGGGGCGUUUCCUGUCUGAUAUCUUUACAUCUUUCGUGGACCUCCAGUAUCGCUGGUUUCUGUUUGUUUUCAUGAUGUGCUACAUCACCACUUGGUUCUUAUUUGCUGGACUCUAUUACAUUAAUGCAUCCUUUAGAGGUGACCUAGAACAUAUGCAACCUCUUGGUGCUCAUGAGAACCACCUUGUACACCAAAAGCCUUGCUAUUUAGGUGUGGAUGGCUUCAUUUCAGCUCUGCUCUUCUCUGUGGAGACACAGCGUACCAUUGGUUAUGGAUCCCGCACUGUGUCUCCCACCUGCCAUGAGGCUGUGCUACUGGUCAUGAUGCAGUGUAUUGUUGGCUCCAUGAUAGAUGCACUCAUGGUGGGUUGCAUGUUUGUGAAAAUAUCUCGUCCAAAGAAGCGGGCUGAGACACUUCUCUUCAGUCGCACCUGUGUGAUUGCAAACCGCGAUGACCAGCUGUGUUUGAUGUUCCGUAUAGGAGACCUGAGAGAAAGUCACAUGGUGGAUGCAAAAGUCCGUGCAAAGUUAAUCAAGUCCCGCCAAACAGCAGAGGGAGAGUUCCUGCCACUUGAGCAGACAGAGAUUGACCUCGGUUAUGAAACUGGGUCAGACCGACUUUUCCUUGUUGAGCCUCAAGUUAUUCAGCAUAAUAUUGACGCCAACAGUCCACUGUGGGAACUGGGCCCUGAGCAACUUAAACGACAGCAGUUUGAAAUUAUCGUCAUUUUGGAAGGAAUUGUUGAGGCUACAGGGAUGAUGUGCCAAGCCAAGACAUCAUAUAUUGAAACGGAGAUAGAGUGGGGUGCUCGCUUUGAACCAUGCAUGACGCUGGAGAAGGGCUCAUUCAGAGUGGAUCUGCGUCGGUUCCACACCACCUACCAGGUGCCACUGCCUAAAUGCAGUGCCAACCAAGUACAUCAACUAAUGUCUCUGGUAGACUUUAAAUCCCAAAGUCAAAAAGCUUGCAGAAGCUGUGAAGCUUGGGCAGAGGGGAUGACCGUGGAGGCCAAAGAGAAGUCACCAUCUCACAGAGGAUUUACCAUUGGUGACAUUCAGGAGGAGAAAACAUCUGAAGGGAAUGAAAGUGAAGCAAGUGUGGAGAAUAGCAUGCCAUAACAAGAUCUGAUGAAGGACUUUUUAGACUUUGUUUCUGUAACUUAUAGUGAAAAACUUUUUAACAAAGAACAUGCUUAGACUUUUUUUGCCGACACUGACAAGCCACAGCAUGAAAAGCAAAUGUGAGAAAAUUAAUAUUAUGUAAAUCGACUGAAUUUCUAUAGCAUUUGUUUUAUAUACAGCUCACUCUUGCAAUCACCCAUUCACUCACACACACGCACUUACUUAUGCUAUAUAAGUGGCAAUUACUGCCAACAAGAUUUCUAAUCAAAACAUCCAAACAGGUUGUUUGUUCUUACUCUUCAAUAUGAUAGUGUUACUAUUACACUGUUGUACCUUACAGGGAUGCUUCCAUAGACUAAGUUUUAACUUAAUGCCAGCAGAUUUACCACUUAGAUUAAUGCAUUAAUUAAUUUAUUAUUGUAUGUAUUUCAAACAACAUCAGGUUUUUAGAUUAGGGAAUAAAAAAGGGAAAACAAGCUUCUCAUUUCUAGCUGUCAGGUAUCCAGUAUUCUUACUUAAGUGACAAUUAAAGUCAAGCUAACCCAGAUAACAAAAAAUGUUUGGCCCAAAUAUGGCCAAUAUGUGAAUUUUUGUCUGGCCCAAAUUUGGCGUUGACUUAUGGCGUAAAUGUGAGAGUGGCUGCCAAAACUUAGCCACAUCACCACCACAUGUGGCCCACAAGGAAACUACCAUAAGGAAGGCUUCCCAUAUUAGGACCACUUUUGGCCCACAAAAUAUUUGCCAUAAUCCAUGUCCAGACCAAACAACUGACAUCUGGACCACAUGUAGCCCACAGGAGACUUGCUAUAAGCCAAGCCAGGCUGGCAACUGACCUCUGGUCCACUUCUGGACCACGCAACACUUGCCAGUGCUGUGACCGAGCCAUAAAUGCCAAAAGCAACCCAGAUUCGGCCAAAACAAUUCUGCUAGCUGGGAGGUAUUUUUAAUGUUACAAUAUGCAUCAUUUUAAAAUGAAAACUCUGUAAAUUUUAAUUAAAUGUGAGCUAUGAA